GAAUCCUUAUGAAGAAAAAUAUAGGUUGAUUCGGAUUGGAAAUCCAGCAUUUUCAACGAGGCUGUUGCCUGUCAGAGGAGCAGUUGAAUGUUUGUUUGAGAUGGGCUUUCAAGAGGGAGAAACUCACCUGGUUUUCCCUAAGGAAGCUUCGAUUGAGCAGCUACGUAAAAUCAGAGACUUAAUUGCUGGAGAGAGGAGUAGUAGACUGAAUGAGUCAAACCAAGUCUACAGAUCGGGAUCCUCUGAAACUGUGGCCAGCACUCAGAGGGUUGCACAUCAGCCUUCAAGACCUGCUGACUCUGUUCUUGCCCGUGCCCGUCAGCAACCAGAAACAUCACUUGUACAGUCUCUUGAAAUGGCUGCAAAUAUCUUGAAAACACUUCAAACAAAAUUUGAGCAUCUUGUAUUGAUGUACGAGAAUCCUUCUAUUCAGCAGAAAGCACUAGCUUCAAUUCCCCUCCAGCAAUUGAAAGGGAAGGCUCAGAAAAAGCUGGCACAAGCUGCAAGACUGGACAAAG